AUGGCUAGGGCAGGACCCCCCAGGAAGUGGAUGCUGGCCACCGUGAUCACAGCCCUGAUUCUAGGGGUCUCAGAGCCUGUUCUAGCCACUGAUGCCUCUUCCUGUGACAACCCCUCUGCCACCGGGCCCUCUGGGAGCAACAGAGACCUCGGAAGAGAGGCUGGCGAGGACUCCAGGUCGGAUGAUGACAGCAGCAGCCGUAUUGUGAAUGGAGCAGACUGCAAGAAGGACGCACAGCCGUGGCAGGGGGCACUGCUGCUCGGGCCCAACAAGCUGUACUGUGGGGCGGUGCUGGUGAACCCGCAGUGGUUGCUCACUGCUGCGCACUGUAGAAAGCCAGUGUACAGGGUCCGCCUGGGCCACCAUUCCACGUCCCCCGUCUAUGAAUCUGGACAGCAGAUGUAUCAGGGGAUCAAAUCCAUCCCACACCCUGGCUAUUCCCACCCUGGCCACUCCAAUGACCUCAUGCUCAUCAAACUGAAUAAGAAAAUCAGAGACAGUCACUCAGUCAGACCCAUCAACAUCUCAUCCAACUGCCCCUCCGAAGGGACCAAAUGCAUGGUGUCUGGCUGGGGAACGACCAGCAGCUCCCACAAUAACUUCCCCAAGGUCCUCCAGUGCCUUAACAUCACUGUGCUGAACAAAGACAAGUGCCGGGAUGCGUACCCAGGCCAGAUAGAUGAGACCAUGUUCUGCGCGGGCGAUGAGGAGGGCAGGGACUCCUGCCAGGGAGAUUCUGGGGGGCCUGUGGUCUGCAACAGCCAGCUGCAGGGCCUCGUGUCCUGGGGAGACUACCCCUGCGCGCAACGCAACAGGCCGGGAGUCUACACGAAUCUCUGCUUGUUCACGAACUGGAUCGAGGAUACCAUCAAGUGCAACUGA